GGUAUUUUUAAAGGGAAGCGUACUGCAAAAGCCAAAGUCGCGGUUGACCUUCAAAGUCCAAACCGCGGUGCUCGCAGUAUAUGAAUCUCUGUAUUAGCACCAUGGAAAUAGACUGAGAUUAGCACAUUUACACUUUGUAUAUUUUAACAUCCUGCUACCUUAACAACAACAAGAAACAGUUCAAAAGAAAAAAAAAAGCUAUGUCUUCCAAACCCAGUUUCCUUGUACUCCUCAUCCUCUCUUUCCAACCUCUCAUCUUUUGCCUAUACACCAAUUCGGCAUCUCCGCCCACUGUCUGCAUCAUUGGCAGCGGCAUCGGCGGUUCUUCCGUCGCUCACUUUCUACGCCGCUACUUCCAUCCCACACAUUCCCAACCCAACCCUCCUAACUUCAAGAUCUUCGAGCGUGGGUCCGUCGUCGGUGGUCGCAUGGCCACUGUCUCGAUUGGCGGUGAAACUUUUGAGGCCGGUGCUUCGAUUCUUCACCCCAAGAACUACCACGCGCUUAACUACACGAAGCUUCUUGGGUUGAAGGUCAAAUCGCGGCCUUCCUCGGAGGAUGAUGAUACGAUGUCGUUUGGGAUCUGGGAUGGAAAGAAGUUUGUUUUCAAAACCCUUCAAGUGGAUUCCAAGUUUCCGUUGGUGCAGAAGAUUGUUUCCUUUGUCAAUUCUUUUUACUUGUUUUUCCGCUAUGGAUUCUCCCUUCUAAAGAUGAACAGCUUCGUUGAGAGUACUGUGGAUAGCUUCUUAAAGUACUAUGAAAGCCCUGAAACGAGACCGAUCUUUGAGACAGUGGAUGGGAUGCUUAAAUGGGCUGGUUUAUAUAAUCUCACAACUCGAACUUUGCAAGAUGAACUCAUUGACAUCAAGUUGUCUCCCUUAUUGAUAGAGGAGCUUGUCACUGUUAUAACAAGAAUCAAUUAUGGUCAAAGUGUUUAUAUUAGCGGACUUGCUGGGGCAGUUUCAUUGGCAGGAUCUGGGGGAGGAUUAUGGUCCAUUGAAGGAGGGAACUGGCAGAUGGCUGCUGGACUAAUUAAUAGUUCUGACGUUUCUUUGCACCUGAAUGAAGAAAUAGAAUCCAUCUCUUACCUUGGAGAAUAUUAUGAACUUAGCUCCACGAAAGGAAACAGUUAUUCAUGUGAAGUCACAGUGAUUGCUACACCCCUUGAUGAAGUAAAUAUCCAAUUUGAACCUUUAGUUUCAAUUCCUGAGAGGAAAUUGCAGCAUACAUAUGCAACGUUUGUGAGAGGCCUCUUGAAUCCAGCAUAUUUUGGCCUGGGUACUGUUGCAGAGAUUCCAGAACUGGUUGGCACCUUAGAGGAUCCUGACCUUCCAUUCUCAAGCAUUUCAGUUCUCAAGCAACAUGGUGAAAAAGAUGUAACUUAUAAAGUAUUUUCUCGAGAACCAAUGACAGAUGCGUUGCUGGAUAGCAUUUUUAGGAUUGAUACUCAAUGCUUCACCCUCCUUGUCCCACUCCAUCCCUUUCGAACCAAAAGUGCAAGGCUGCAGACAAUUCGAAUAAAUUGGGGAGCCUAUCCACAUUAUAAAGCUCCGGAAGUAUUUGCACCAUUUAUUUUGGAUGGUCAACAGUUGUAUUACGUAAAUGCAUUCGAGAAUGCAGCCAGUACCAUGGAGACAAGUGCUGUUGCAGCUGAGAACGUAGCGAGGCUCAUCCUGUCAAGAUAUUUUAGUGAAGCAUCCCUGCAUUCAACAAACUUGGAGAGCUUUAGUCUUGAUGCAGACAUAUUACACUUGGACUUAUAAGUUAAAGCUGAUGUAACUAAUGGUAUGUUAAAUAAUGUGAAAUCAAACUGUAGAAUAUACAAAAGACAAACCAGUAUUAGCCGAUGUUGUAACUCCUUGCGGAGCUAUUUUGACUUCUGUGUAUAAGAGAAUGUGUUUUCUUUU